AUGGCAGUUAUUGCCACAGCAUGGGUCAUUCAGAAAGGUUGUUUGCCUAUUGUUGGUAUAAAUUCAGAGAAAUGUGCUGAGGAUAUUGUAGAGGCUUUCAAGGUCAAGUUCACAGAUGAAGAAUUGAAGUAUUUAGAAGAACCGUAUUUACCAAAGCCAUUUAUAGGUUAA